UUGAUUGCACCCUCAUCAAGGAGUGCUUGAAGCUUUGGCCUGUCUGUUGCUAAUUUUGUAUCAAUAGGUGUUAUUGUCGACCUUUUUGGGGUUGACGUUUUGUGUGGCUGGGUGAUUGGCCGUCAGGUCACCAACCGUUUUUGCUUCCAACGGUCUUUUUCUCUGUCUCAAAGCAUCAACACGGGUUGCGACAGACAAAACGCUCAUAGAAACUGAAUUAUGCUUUAGUACAGCAGUCGACAUGCAGCGCAAGAUUUUAGACCUUUGAGUUAACCCUCGAAGACAAGACCAACUAAGCCCAAAGGAUGAACGGUAACGCCGAGGAAGGGCGAUCUUCGUCACAGACCACCCAUCAACUUGUCAAAGGGCACCUCUCUUUGUUGCCAACACCACGGCAAACCACUUCUGGUACGUGCGGCGAUGCUAGUCUGAGAACAAUGGUAUUGCACCCAGGCCAAUACGGCCACCGGGCGAGGUUCACCUCAAAGGGCCUUCUUGCACCAGGUGUGCGAUUUAACAUCCUCCGUGACCCUCCAGACUUUUUGACCAGUAUGACCAGUAUGACCUCUUUCUCUUUAUCGUCCUUUCCCUUGUUCUUUCCACACCAACUGAGCUCCCAGAAUACUUACACAUACACUCAUUGGUUGAUACCCUUUAUCUCUGUGUCUUUACUUGACCUUUCAUUAUACCCAUAGACCGCAACCCUCAACGCAAUCCGCCUUUGACGAGCAUCUCAUCUUGCGAUAGUAUAUGGUUUUU